AUGGCCCCUCGUAUCCACAUCAAGCAACAACAAACACGCACUCCGUCAUGCCAGCUACAGAUUAUCAUUGUUGGAGCUGGCCUGGCAGGACUGGGUGCGGCGAUUAGCUGCGCCUUGGCCGGACAUUCAGUUCACGUUCUAGAGGGUGCAACCGAGAUCAAAGAAGUCGGCGCUGGUAUUCAGGUGCUUCCCAACAGCUCACGCGUUCUUCAGCACUGGGGCUUGGAGAAGGCCUUGACCCCUUAUAUGACUUAUCCAAGGGUGUGUAACUUCAUCGGAUGGAAGGGAAAUAAGAUUUCCCAUUUAGACUUUCACGAGUCCGAAAGCAAAUAUCCUGGGACGUGGUAUAGGGACUUCCAUCGUGCCGAUCUUCAGCGUUGUCUUGUGGAAAGAGCCGCAGAGCUCGGUGUGCAAAUAACGUGCAAUGCUCGCAUACAGACCGUUUGUGUGAGUGAAGAUGGUACAACAGCAGCCGCGGUUGCCUCAGAUGGCAGACAAUGGGAUGGUGAUCUAGUGAUAGGUGCUGACGGUGUUUUUGGAAAAUUAACGGAGGAAUUACUGGGACGCAGCGAUCCGCCAGUAAAGACAGGAGACUUGGCAUAUCGCCUUCUAUUAUCAACCGAAGAGAUGAAAAAAGACCCAGAGCUGGCAGACUUCAUCAAUAAUCCGCAGGUUAACUACUGGCUUGGACCUGAUGCACAUGCUGUAAACUAUGUACUUCGUGGCGGGGACUUAUUCAACAUGGUGCUACUUGUACCAGACGAUAUUCCAGAAGCCCAAGCAUCAACGAUAGAAGGUAGUGUAGAGGAGAUGUGUGCCUUGUUUGAAGGCUGGGAUCCACGGCAAGCUGCCUCAGAUUCUUUGUCAGUACAGAAAUGGAGGUUAUGCAUUCGGUUCGGAGAAUUCGACUGGGCUCAUGAAACUGGCUCCUGGGUUAUGAUCGGUGAUGCUGUGCAUGCCACCUUGCCAUAUCUAGCUUCUGGUGCCGGCAUGGCAUUUGAGGAUGGCGCUGUCCUCGGCGAAUGCCUUUCUCGUCUUCCAAAUCAUCCCAGUGUCUCCAAGUCAUCACCCGAGUUCGUGAACGCUAAAAAGCAUGCCCUUUCCGUCUUCCAGCAGUGCCGCAAGGCGCGUACGAAAAUGGUUGUCGAGCGGGGCAAUAUUCAACAAUAUCUGUACCACCUCCAUGAUGGCCCGGAACAAGAGGAGAGAGAUCACAAAAUGCAGAUGGUGCCAACCCCUGAAGGAGAAGCUCUAGCCUGGAGAGACCCCGGAUUAGCACCAAGACUACUGGGAUACGACCAUAUUGGAGAUGUGGAUCGCCGUUGGAGUAUGGGGCAGACGGAUGAAACUAUACCAGCCGAGUCUCGACUCUAG